CGCGCGGAUUGUUCUCCACAAGAUGUGAAAAUUUGUUAUUUUGUUAAUACUUUUCUCGACAGUCCAGUGAAAAUGACCCUGUGCUGCACCAAAAUAAACUUAAAUCUAGUGAAAAGUGCAACCUGUGCCUUCCGCAACUAUUCUCAUCUCUCGAGCGCUGGUUAUGGAUCAAAGCUUCUACCAUCAUCGCAACACCCGCUCGUUCCGGUGAGAUUUGCCAACAAUCUGUUCUGGGAGAAGGACCGCAAGGGCGGUUACAACACCACCACAGGCAAGAAAGUGUCCCGCAAGCAGCUGAUUCUGGAUGGGUUGAAGGAGCUGAAGGAAGAAUUCAACCUGUUCAACCAGGAAUGGAAGGAAAAGUUGGCCAGCGAUGCGAUGGUGGUGUACCGACCGGGCGAAACUGAUGUGGUGUUCAACUUUGAGUCGGAAAAGGAUUUGGAUCGGUGGGUGCUCACGACGGAUAAGGACCACAACGAAGGAUUCACGGAGGCCAAGUUCGAGCUGAGCCCUGCCGGGUUCGGGAUGUUUCACGGAACGCUGGAGAGCCGAGUGCCGAAGGACGGACGGAUCAAACGGUCCGGAUAUGCCAACAUGAGAAGCCUGAGAAUUAGGAAAUCCUUCAAACGGGAUGCGUUUUACGAUUGGGAGCAGUACAAUACGCUGGUGAUGAGAAUUCGCGGCGAUGGCCGUUCCUAUUUGAUCAAUCUUGCGUCGGAGGGUUAUUACGACAUCCUGUGGAACGAUAUCUAUCAUUAUGUGCUGUUUACGAGAGGUGGUCCCCAUUGGCAGUACGUGAGGAUUCCGUUUUCUAAGUUUUUCCUAGCUUCCAAGGGGCGGGUUCAGGACAGCCAGGGACCGGUUCCGUUGAACAGAAUCAGCAGCUUAGGAUUCUCGGUGGGAGCACGCGGUGGUCACGAGGGACAGUUUAGGCUGGAGUUUGACUAUAUUGGAGUUGAGUACGAUCCGAGUCAUACGGAAGAGUUUGCCUACGAAAUGUACAAACAGCCAAAGUACAUUGUUGCUACUUGAAU